AUGAAGAGAAAACAAGGCGCUAAGGGUUUAAUGGCCAUCAAAAUUGAUUUCAAAAAAGCAUAUGAUAGGCUUCGGUGGGCUUUCAUUCGAGAUACUCUUAUGCAAAUAAAUUUGUCGUUGUUGCUCGUCAGUACUAUUAUGGAGUGUGUUACUUCGACUUCACUCAAAGUCCUAUGGAACGGGGAAUCAUCGGAAAGUUUUCUACCUUCUAGGGGAAUCCGACAAGGAGACCAAUUAUCCCCAUACCUUUUUGUCAUAUGCAUGGAACGUCUAUAUCAGACGAUAGAGGAAGCUAUUAUUCUUAAACGUUGGAGACCUAUUCGUGCGUGUCGAGAUGGUCCGGUUCUUUCAAACCUCUUUUUCACAAAUGACAUUAUCCUCUUUGCAGAGGCCUCGAUGGACCAGGCAAUAGUAAUUCAAGAGUACCUCGAGAGAUUCUGUAUGGCUUCAGGUCAAAAAGUGAGCUUACCAAAGUCAAGGGUCUUCUUCUCUAACAAUGUUUGUGAAGACAAUCGAAAUGCUAUCUAUACGACGCUGGGUAUGGAUUCUACUAUGAAUUUGGGUCUACACCUUGGUAUGCCCACACUGUCAAGUCGUAUAACUAAAGAAAAGUUCAGCCAUCUAUGUGAAAAGAUCGAUCGUCGGCUUGUAGGAUGGAAAACUAAGUACCUAUCCCUUACGGGACGUAUCACCUUGGCCAAGUCGACUAUCUCAUCAAUGGCUUUUUAUUCUAUGCAAACGGAAAAGCUACCUUUGGCUAUUUGCGACGAAAUAGACAAGCGAACAAGAUGGUUCAUAUGGGGAGGUUCUGAGACCAAACGAGCUACCCACUUGUUGGCAUGGGAAGUUCUACAGAACCCUAGGGAGUUUGGAGGCAUUAGGAUUCGCUCGGCCAGCCAAGCGAAUGCUGCAUUUCUAACCAAAUUGGGUUGGAGAGUUCUAACGGAGACAAAUUCUCUGUGUUCUAGAGUGUUACGUGCUAAAUAUUGCAAUGGUCGUUGCGACGUGGACAUGUUCAAUGCUAAGCCAGGGAUGUCGAAUGUAUAG